GGCGGCUUCCGUUAUAAGCACGUACUUUUUGUCGACCGUUUUCAUUAAAAUGUAAAAAACUGUCGAAAGAAUAAUUUUUUCGGCAGGUUUUAGGUGUUUAAAAUGACAUAGCGAUAUCGAAACUGUAAGGCAUUUGCGGAGAGGAUAGCUGGAUGUAUUAAUACGCGUUACCGAGAAAGAGAAAAACGCUCGCGGCAAAAUGUCAAAGAGACCUGUGGAUAGUGGGGAUUCGGGUUCCCAACCACCUAUUAAAAAAGUUCAAUUCGAACCGAUUUUAAUCGGGCCUAUUUCAACCCUCGAAGAAAUGGACAUGAAAGUUUUACAGUUUCAAAAUAAAAAAUUGGCCCAGAGACUAGAGCAGCGUCAUAGAGUAGAGGCCGAAUUAAGGCAACGAAUUGAACAGUUAGAAAAACGACAAAUGCAAGAUGAUGCAGUGCUUAAUGUUGUUAAUCGUUAUUGGAAUCAAUUGAAUGAAGAUAUACGUGUAUUACUUCAGAGAUUUGAUGCUGAAACAGCUGAUGAAUCUGAAAAUAAAAAUGAAAGUGAAGCUACAACAUCAUUUCUCAUGCAGCUUUCUUCAUGGGACAAAGAAGAGUUAGAUGAUAAAUUAGCAAAUCGUGUUCAAGUGUCCAAACGUGCAGUUUCAAAAGUAGUACAAGCAUUUGACCGUCUUUCUCAAAGAAAUGAAAAGAUUACUCUUGCACUUAAAGGAGAAUUUGAUGGAGAUGAAGCACCCAAUAUUGAUGAAGUUGUGCGUAGAGCAAAUUCUGAGAUACAAAUGGAAAAUAGGAACCUUCAAGCAAUAAAUAUACAACUUCAUGAAAAAUACCACACUAUUUCAUUAAAGAUGUCAGAACUGCAAGAUACCAUAACAGGGAAAGAUACACUUGCCGCAGAGCUUCGUAACCAGGUGGAUGAUCUUCAGUACGAGCUGAAUAAAGUGAGAGCGCGUAAUGAUAAAUUAGAACAUCACCUUGGAGAAGCAAUUGAGAAACUAAAAGCGUUUCAACAAAUACAUGGUACAGAUGAAAAAGGAAGUAAUAAACCCAAUACUUUAGUUGCUUCAAGUGUGUCACAGACAAAGCUCGAAGAUUUACAAAGAGAAUUGGAAGAAACCAGAGAGUUAGCUAAUAACAGGUUACAAGAACUGGAUAAACUACAUCAACAGCAUCGAGAUGCAUUGAAAGAAGUAGAAAAAUUAAAAAUGGAUAUACGACAACUUCCAGAAUCGGUAAUUGUUGAGACGACUGAAUACAAAUGUUUACAAUCGCAAUUUUCUGUAUUAUACAAUGAAUCAAUGCAAUUGAAAACACAAUUAGAUGAUGCUCGUCAGCAACUGCAAUCCAGUAAAAACGCUCAUUUACGGCAUAUUGAAAUGAUGGAGAGCGAAGAAUUGAUGGCACAAAAAAAACUACGUGGAGAAUGCAUACAAUUGGAAGAUGUUUUGGCUCAAUUACGAAAAGAAUAUGAAAUGUUAAGAAUUGAAUUUGAACAAAAUUUAGCUGCAAACGAGCAAACAGGACCGAUAAAUCGAGAAAUGAGACAUUUGAUCACAUCUUUGCAAAAUCACAAUCAACAGCUUAAAGGCGAGGUUCAUCGUUAUAAACGGAAGUACAAAGAAGCUUCAUCCGAAAUACCGAAACUAAAGAAAGAAAUUGAGGAACUAACGACGAAGUUGGGCCAACAAACAUCCCAGGAGAACAAAGAAGGGAAUAAUUCAGAUGGCAGUGGAAAAGAGGAAGAUGCAUCAAAUUCUCUUCCAGGUUCUACACAGAUAAAGGAAGAGAGCGGAGUUUCAAUAAAAAGAGAAUCUGGAGAAGAAGAAGUAGAAACUAUCGAAGUUGGAGAAGGAGAAGGAAACAAAGGUACUCCAGAUUCUUUGACAUUAACGUCUCCAACUUUAAAGAAAGAAAAAGAUAUUAAACGUGAAAAAGAUAUAAAGAAGGAAACUGUCAAAACCGAACAUCGCGAUCCUGCUCAUCGUGCCAAAGACACGAAAGUAGCGGAAUCAGAACUUGUUAGAGAUCUGAAAGCGCAACUAAAAAAGGCUGUGAAUGAAAUGAAAGAAAUGAAAUUAUUAUUAGACAUGUACAAAGGUGUUGGAAAAGAACAAAGAGAUAAAGUGCAAUUAAUGGCAGCUGAACGGAAAACGAGAGCAGAAUUAGAUGAAUUACGCCAACAGAUAAAGAAAAUUCAGGAAAGUAAGAGAGAAGAGCGUAAAAAGUUGGCAGAUGAAGAUGCACAAAUAAAGAUUAAGAAACUAGAAGAACAAGCAUACACUCUUCAGCGUCAAGUUGCUUCUCAAAAGCAGGAGGAGGAGGCUCUUUUGAACGAAAUGGAGGUAACUGGGCAAGCUUUUGAAGACAUGCAAGAACAGAAUUCUAGGCUAAUUCAACAAUUACGUGAAAAAGAUGAUGCAAAUUUUAAACUUAUGACAGAAAGAAUUAAAAGUAAUCAAUUACACAAAUUAGCUAGAGAGGAGAAAGAUGUUUUAAAAGAACAAGUUUCUACAUUAACAACUCAAGUCGAAGCUGCUAAUGUCGUCGUUCGUAAAUUAGAAGAGAAGGAGCGCCUUUUACAAAAUUCCCUUGCUACUGUUGAAAAAGAAUUGGCUUUGAGGCAACAGGCAAUGGAAAUGCAUAAAAGAAAAGCUAUCGAAAGUGCCCAGUCUGCAGCUGAUUUAAAACUUCAUCUUGAAAAAUAUCAUUCUCAAAUGAAAGAAGCACAACAAGUUGUAGCUGAAAAAACUAGUUCUUUGGAAGCAGAAGCAUAUAAAACAAAAAGAUUACAGGAAGAAAUAGCUCAAUUGAGACGUAAAGUUGAAAGAAUGAAGAAAAUAGAACUUGCUGAAACAUUGGAUGAAGUAAUGGCUGAGGAGCUUCGAGAAUAUAAGGAAACACUUACUUGUCCUUCCUGUAAAGUUAAACGUAAAGAUGCGGUUCUAACAAAAUGUUUUCACGUAUUUUGUUGGGAUUGUUUACGUACACGAUAUGAGACUAGGCAACGAAAAUGUCCAAAAUGUAAUUGCGCUUUUGGAGCUAAUGAUUAUCAUCGUUUAUAUUUAUCUACAUGAAGAAGGAAAGCUUAAAUUAUUAAAAUUCAUGUGUCUCUCAGCUGACAUUGUGUAAAUCCUUCUUUCUCUUACAAUGUGCAUCUUUUCUUAUAUUUUCUAUUUAUUGUUGUGAUCAUUGGUAAAUGAAAAAUACAGUUGCACAUGUCUUGUAAAGAAAGGAGGCUGAAAAAGCAAAUUUUGUAAAAAAAUUUUGACUAUUUCUUCGAAUGUGAUAUAAAAAAUAGUACUGCAUUUUUAAUCUAUUUUGUGAUGAUUUCACUGAAUAAGAUAUUAUUUUCAUAAAUUUUAUGUAAGAUCAAAUCUUACAAAAUGUGUUUUGGUUUUUUUGUUUUUCUUUCUUUUGGCAGUAACACAAUGGAUAAGAUAUUGUAACACUAAAAUGUAUGAUAAUUUUAGAUAUAAAAUUUGGCGCUUGUAUGAAAUUUAUUCAUAAAGUUAGAAAAUUUGAAUUGAAGAGUAGAUUCAAUUUUAUGAAUGGUUCAAAAUAGCAGGUAUAUUGUAAUAUAUUAUAAAUAGACAUUUAAAGUAUCGUAAUUUCAUAAAGAAAUAAAAACAUUUGUUUGACAAUUAUUAUUUUAUAAAAAGUCCUUUAUUUAAAAUACUAAAGGACAUUUAGCUUUGUAAGAAUCACUUGAUAUUAUCCUUUUCUCGAGAAAUUGAAAUAUUAGAGAACUAGAGACAUAAUUUAUUAUGAUAAAAAUAUAUGUAAAAAGUAGAAAAAAUGCUUAAUUUAGAAAUCUCUACUUAUUCAAUUGAAAUGUUCUUUUAGAUUUUGCCUAGUAUAAUAUUAUCUUUCUACUUUUGUUAAUAAAUAUCUCAGUUCUAUGAAGCGAAGAAAUAUGAAAAUAUUCAUAUUAUAUAUUACAUAUUACUAUAUACAUAAAUGUCGAUUUGACGAAAAAGCAAGAUUAAAUGCAUUACAAAUGAUGUAAAAAUAGAAUAAUAAUCGUCGUUCAAUGAUGUAAUUUACAAUAUUUUGUAACAAAAACCAAAAGAUAUAUAUCAAUAGCUUAAAGCAUAAAUAGAAGAGAAAAUAGCUUUUAAAUCAAAUUUUUAAUGAUUUAUAAUAAUUGAUUGUAUCAUGUUUUUAAAAGAAAUUAACAAAUGUAUCAAGUUAUAUACCUAGUAAAGGAUGUUUCCUGAUUUACAUAGAA